AUGACUAAUUCAACUGAAACAACAUAUUUCAUCACAGGAGGCAACAGGGGAAUUGGUUUCAACCUACUGAAAAUUCUAAGUGCUUCAUCGGAAAAUAUCGUCAUUGCAUCUAUUCGUGGGUCAACGUCUCUACCAAAAAACAAAGAAUUAAAGCAGUUGACGGAAGCUAGGGACAAUAUUCAUAUCGUACAGCUAGACGUCGCACAGGAGGAAAGUAUAAAUAAACUUCCCGAAGAAAUCGAAAAGAUACCUUCAUUUACGGGAAUUGACAUUUUUAUAGCAAACUCCGGAAUCGCGGAUUCCUACUAUACUGUAUUAGAGGCCCCAAGAGAGGUCUGGAUUGAUCACUAUAGAACCAAUGUUCUGGGUCCAAUUCUGACUUUACAGAAAAUUUACCCUCUACUUAUGUUGAAGAAAACUAGGAAGGUAUUUUUUAUUUCCAGUGCGGCUGGAUCUAUCACAAGUCUGUUACCUGUACCAAUAUCUGCCUAUGGACAGUCGAAGGCAGCCUUAAAUUAUACAAUGAGAGAACUUAGUGUGGAAUUGAAGAGCGAAGAAUUCACAGUCGCUGCUUUCCAUCCAGGUAUGGUGUCAACUGACAUGGGGCAAGCUGCAAUGAAAAAGUUUACUGGUGAACACGAUCUCAGCAAGGUAUUGAAGGUCAUUACGCCGGAAGAAAGUGCCUCUGCGCUAGUUGAGACUUUCAACAAGAUAGUUCCCGAAAAUAGUGGAAACUUUUAUAACUAUGACGGUAGUGAAGCCGCCUUUUGA